CUAAGAAACGGGUAAGAAUGAAUAAAGUCUGGGAGAAGAAGCAAAAUGAAACUUAAAAAAGCUAAAAAUUCCACUCUCUCCUUCUUCCAUUAAUUUGUGUUCGUUUAUACACCAAAUCAAUUCAGUUUGUAUUCCCACAAAUCAAAUCCAAAAUCAAAAUCAUCAAUUUUUGACAGAGGGGAGAGAAAGAGUGUGUGAAGUUGGAGUAGUUAGAGAAAGUUUUGUACUCACGUUGAAGAUUUCGUUCAAUUUUUCAUUUUACAGAGGGUUUAAUCUUCACAGUUCGAUUGAAAAAGGGGAUUCUUGGUGUAAAAUUGUAAUCCUGGAAAACCCAUUUCUUGGAUUUUCAAAAUUUCUUUCACUUUAUUGGAUUUUUGAGAGAAAACAAUAUUGGAGGUUGUUUAGGAUUGAUAUGCUGAAUGUUGCUCCCGGUGAGUGGGUUAGGGAUGAAUUCUACAAUGGAUGACAUGAAUCUGAUUCAGCAGAGGCAUCACUUGGUAGUUAGAGAGCUCGGAGUAGGUGAUGAAAUCGACUUGGAAAUUGGUCCUGGGGAUGAUGAUCCAUCGUUUGCUAGUGCUUCUCUUAUAAGUGCUCCACGCGAGCCUUCGGUUGACGAUCAAGAUGAGACUAAGCAAAUACAAAUGAUGCCGUCUCUCCAAGAUGAAAAUCAAGACUUAUCAAAAGGUCAACCAUUGAAGAAAAAGAAAAAGGUUGUGAAACGAUGGAGAGAGGAAUGGGCUGAUACUUACAAAUGGGCAUAUGUUGAUGUUAAGGAUGGAACUGCAAGGAUCUUCUGUUCUGUGUGCCGAGAGUAUGGCAGGAAACAUAGGAGGAAUCCCUAUGGAAAUGAAGGCAGUAGAAAUAUGCAGAUGAGUGCCUUGGAAGAGCAUAACAAUAGCUUGUUACACAAAGAGGCUGUUCGUCUACAAAUGGCUUCCAAGGAUAAGAUUGUUGUUGAUAAACCUAUGUAUGUUAAAGCUCUAAUGUCAAAAACAGCUGGAUCAAUUGUUGAGGCUGCAUUAAUAAGAGAUCCUCAUGAGCUGGAAUUUAUUCAGUCAGUACAAGAAGCAGUGCAUUCGAUUGAAAGAGUGAUUGGAAAAAAUUCUCAUUAUGUUAAUAUAAUGGAACGUCUGCUUGAACCUGAACGUACAAUUAUUUUCCGAGUUCCAUGGGUUGAUGACCGGGGUGAGACACAUGUUAAUCGAGGAUUUCGGGUGCAAUUUAAUCAGGCGUUAGGUCCAUGCAGGGGAGGAAUUCGUUUUCAUCCUUCGAUGAACUUAAGUAUUGCCAAGUUUCUUGCUUUUGAGCAGACUCUAAAGAAUGCUUUAUCACCAUACAAACUGGGAGGGGCGGCAGGUGGAAGUGAUUUUGAUCCAAAAGGGAAAAGUGAUAAUGAGAUAAUGCGCUUUUGUCAAAGCUUUAUUAAUGAGCUGUAUCGGUAUUUAGGGCCUGAUCAGGAUCUUCCUUCUGAAGAAAUGGGUGUUGGUGCUCGGGAGAUGGGUUAUCUUUUUGGGCAGUAUAGACGCCUUGCUGGUCACUUUCAGGGAAGUUUUACAGGAUCUCGAGUUUUCUGGUCUGGCUCUAGCCUACGAACAGAAGCUACUGGAUAUGGGCUGGUUUUCUUUGCCCACCUCAUUCUAGGAGAUUCAAACAGAGAAUUGAAGGGACUAAGGUGCGCGGUAAGUGGCUCUGGAAAAAUCGCAUUCCAUGUCAUAGAAAAGCUUCUUGCUUAUGGUGCUGUUCCUAUCACAGUAUCAGAUUCUAAGGGUUAUUUGGUGGAUGAAGAUGGCUUUGACUUCAUGAAGAUUCAGUUCCUUAGAGAUAUUAAGGCUCAACAGAGAAGCUUGAGGGAUUAUUCUAAAACUUAUGCUCGAUCGAAGUAUUUUGAUGAAGCAAAACCUUGGACUGAGAGGUGUGAUGUUGCAUUUCCUUGUGCUACACAAAACGAAAUAGAUCAAUCUGAUGCCAUUAGUUUGGUCAAUUCUGGUUGUCGUCUACUAGUUGAAGGUUCCAUCAUGCCUUGUACCCCUGAAGCUGUUGAUGUCCUAAGGAAAGCCAAUGUUGUAGUUGCACCAGCCAUGGCUGCUGGUGCGGGAGGGGUUGCUGCUGGAGAACUUGAACUAAAUCACGAGUUCAAUCUGAUGCAAUGGACCCCUGAAGACUUUGAAUCUAAAUUACAGGAUUCCAUGAAACAGACAUAUCAGAGAGCUUUAAAAGCAGCAACAGACUUCGGUUAUGAGAAAGAAAGUCCUGAGGUUUUGGUGUAUGGAGCUGCCAUAGCUGCUUUUCUAACCGUAGCUCAAGGUAUGACUGAUCAAGGAUGUGUGUGAAGAAACAUACAAACUAAGCGCCUAAGGUAUGACUUAUCAAGGACGAGUACCCAUUUUCUCCAUAAUAGUGCAUAUAAUGCUCGUCUCCCUGUUAAUAUGCUGUUGGGAGAUUUUACGGCCGAUUAUUCUCCCAUUCUCAAAGAAAUCUUCCACUCUCGAAGAAAGUGGAAAAUAUCUAGUACUCUUAAAGCAUUGUAACAUGUGUAAUUGAUUAUAUAUACAGUUAGUUAUGAGCUCUAGGUAGAAUUAGGAUCUUAAACCUGAUAGGGUGAUAUAUUUCACCAUCGAGUCUAUAAAUAGCUGUUUACUUGAUGUGUAAAUGGUGUGACUUUGAUGUUAGUCGCAUUAGUGUGCAGGAACAAGCUAGAUGUAAAUAACGUGUACCGGAUCAAAGCCGAUGAACGGAAGAAAGUUGAUCAUUCUUUGUCA